CCCUUUUCCUGGAUCUUUCACUUUCCCCCUAAUGGAGAAGGUGAUUCAUGAGCAGCAGAGGUCACUGGCCGAGACUCCAACUUAUUCAGUUGCCUCGGUCGUUACAGUCAUGGUCUUCGUUUGCUUUUUGGUGGAAAGGUCGAUAUACAGAUUUGGGAAGUGGUUAAAGAAGACUAGAAGGAAGGCACUGUUUGCCUCUUUGGAAAAGAUUAAGGAAGAGCUGAUGCUACUUGGACUUAUAUCUUUGUUUUUGGCACAAUGCGCAAGAUGGAUUUCUGAGAUAUGUGUAGAUUCAUCGCUUUUCAACAGCCGCUUCUAUAUUUGUUCUGAGAAAGACUAUGGCAUCCAUGAGAACCGCAAUUCGGAAACUUCUUUCUCUUCUCUCAACGAAACACACACUCCUUCAAGUGGAAUCUUUAAUACACAUUCUUCUCAUUCUCAUCAAUGUGGUGAGGGUCGUGAACCGUUUGUUUCGUAUGAGGGUCUUGAGCAGCUCCAUCGUUUCCUGUUUGUUCUUGGGAUCACUCAUGUUUUGUAUAGCUGUGUGGCUGUUGGUCUGGCCAUGAGCAAGAUUUACAGUUGGAGCAAAUGGGAGUUUCAAGCUACUUUGCAAGCAAAGAGAGACAAGGUCAUGAGGCGUCAAUCCACCUUUGUUUACCAUCACACAUCUCAUCCAUGGAGCAGAAAUCCGGUUCUUAUUUGGAUGCUCUGCUUCCUACGACAAUUUAAAAGUUCCAUAAGGAAAUCAGAUUACUUGGCACUUCGUUUGGGCUUCAUCACAAAGCACAAGUUGCCACAAACUUAUGAUUUCCACAAAUAUAUGGUCCGGAGUAUGGAAGAUGAAUUUAAUGGAAUUCUUGGAAUUAGCUGGCCACUCUGGGGCUAUGCCAUAUUAUGCAUCUUCAUAAACGUUCAUGGUCUAAAUACGUACUUCUGGCUUUCUUUCAUCCCUGCCAUACUUGUCAUGGCGGUUGGAACAAAACUUCAACAUGUGGUCUCCUCUUUAGCACUCGAAGUCGUCAAGCAAUCGGGACCGUCUGUCGGGACUCAAUUAAAGCCUAGCGAUGAUCUGUUUUGGUUUGGAAAGCCUGAAAUACUACUGCGCUUGAUACAAUUCAUCAUAUUUCAGAAUGCCUUUGAGAUGGCAACAUUUGUCUGGGCCUUGUGGGGACUUGAGCACAGAUCGUGUUUCAUGGACAACAAUUAUAUGAUACUCAUUCGGUUGGCCUCCGGUGUUAUAGUUCAGUUCUGGUGUAGCUACAGCACAGUACCUCUGAAUAUAAUUAUUACCCAGAUGGGAUCUCGGUUUAAGAAAACCCUCGUCACCGAAAGCGUAAGAGAGUCACUCCAUAGUUGGUGCAAGAGAGUAAAGGAGAGGUCUAAACGCGAUUCCCUUCACUCACACACUAUAAGGUCAGUGUGUUCACUAGAAUUGACAAUCGAUGAGAGGGAUGAAAUAACCAUUGCAUCGGGUACUUUGUCUCGAAGCUCUUCAUUCGAGUCCCAAAAUCAGUUGACAGUAACAUCAAGUAUACUGCCAGACGAGGCUGCCCGUGAGAGUCCCGCCAUUCCCCACGCAUUCCGAAUGGAUGAGUAUUUAUCUGAAUCUGUGAACAUAAGUGCAUCACAACCUCCGACCAGUGUUGGUGAAGAAGGCGGUUUAAGCAAUGGAGAAGAACAGAAGGUCAAGACUCUCUUUGAGCUGUUUCAGAACACAUAAAAGUGCUCGAUACUUUUCGAAAACCAAAUUACUCUAUUGAGUACAGGCUUCGUUUGUUACCAUGAAAUGCAAAUUAUACCAUUAGACUAAUCCUAACAGCAUAUCGCGAAACACGGAGCUGGAAGCAGGCCUCCAGAACCAGAUGAAAGUUAAGCUUGUUUAUAGUUGCCGCUCAGUGAAAUAUCCCAACUGAAUUAUAGAAUGUCUCAACUUUUAUAUUCUUUUACCUAUUAACCUUUUUCUCAUAACAUUCAACCUUCCAAGGAAGUUUUGCUUUUCAACU